AUGCCGGCCACAGCUUCGUCGGCCCCAUUAGCCAUUUUAAGUCUGACGAAAAGCGAAUUUAUCGAGAGUGGUUAUCAAAAGACAGCUGUUGUUGUUGUGGAUGAAAAUAUUUAUGCUUCGUUGUUGAAAGAAAAAGAGCGAGAUUGUUCAAGCAAUUCACCACAACAAUUUAAAGAUAUAUUGUUGUGGCCUGGCGAUUGGCAUUUUGUAAAAAAUUUAUUUGGAAUAAUUGGAAAGUUCAUUAGUGGAUCAGGGUUAGAAUAUAUUUUACAAGUGCUAUAUGAUUCAUCUGUUGUAAAUGGUAUUCUGGGAGUAUACAACGUCGAUAGAACAUUUCGCGCGUAUACUUUACUGUAUACUGCGUUGUUUGUAUUACAACUAGAAGUGUUUAUCAAUGAACAUCCAGAAAACAAUGUCGAACUGCAAUUAAUUAUAAAUGAAAUGAAAAGUUCAUUGACUAAUAUACACAAGCCAAAUGACGAUAAUCAUAAACAAAAGUUAUACGAAAUUUCGCGAAAUGCAUGUGAAAUAUUGAAAUUAAUGAGUGUAUUGAAUGAUUAUGAUAAUUGGAGAAAAAUAAAAGCGGAAAAGUGUAUAAUGUUUAAGUAUUAUGAUUAUUUACUAAAUAAUUUAUUACAACCGUUGUUUGCAUUGUAUAUUGCGACACGAACAAAUAAUUUUGUCGUGCGCAAUAAACAAUGGCGUUAUUUUCUUCCGUUCUUCUUUGCGUUUAAUCAUACAAAUUAUGCUCGAAUGGAGUCGCAUCACAUUUAUGAAUUGAGCCAAAUGAAUACAAAUGACUUACAAGAGUUGAGCAAUAACUGGACAGUAUCCAUGAAAGGUCGUACAUUCUCCAGUAUUGCGUGUGAUUAUGCUAUAGAAACAACCCAGAAUAAAGACUUUAAAGGUCCGUCAGGAUUAUCCGGACAUAUGGAUGCAGAUCUUCGUACAGCAUGGUCGUUAUCAUCAACUUGGUGCGCAGAAGUAUUGAAUAUUGUAGAUGAAUUAUCAAAUACUAAACAAACAAACGAUCAUCACAUACAAGCUACACCAUCCAGAACACCAACAGAUAAUAAUGACUUGAUGAAACUGAUCACCGUUUUUAAAACAGAUAAUCCAUUUCAGUGCCAAACAAAAGACUUUUACAAAAUUUUAAGCGGAAUAAAAUUACCAAAUGAUAUUGUUUCUGAAUUGUGUGGUGCAUCAGCCAAAUUUAUUCCAACGGCGAAUGCCUUUAUAAAAGAACAUUUGAUCGAAAAAAGAUCAACAGUAUUUACAACAAUACAUAAAGGCAAUGUACGUCUACUCACUUCGUCAGUAUCGCCGGAAAAAACAUUAACAGUUAUAAAUAAUAAUGAUGAGAAAUUAUUUAAAUCACCGAUGUACUAUUCAGCAUUCCGUUUAAAUAUCAAAUUAGAAAUAUUAUCCACAUAUGAAUUUACUACGCCACCUCCUUCCUUCAUCAACAAAAAUGAACCAACAUUUCAACAAAAGUCGAGUCUAAUUCCGUUUAUAUCAGAUUAUUUUCCACAAACUAUUACAAAUUCGUUUAGUCAGCAGCCAUCAGUUAUCAUUGUAGAUGGAGAUCAAUUACUGAGUAAGUAA